CGAGAACCUAUUUGGCCGCGUGAAUUCAUCCUUUGCGUUGACCAGUUGAAAACGUAAAGUGCCAACUUCAGCAAUGAUGCCAGCCAAACAACCAAGUAGUUUAAACCCUGGUUCAAACGGAAUGCUUCGAAAACGCUUCCACGCGCAUGUUGGCAUUGACAACAGCCGUUCAACACUAUAAAUUGGAUGUAAAUCGCCUACGGCCGCUGAAAGGUAUACGCUGAAGUUAAUUAAGACGAUUUGAGAUCAUCCACAUCGGUGAAACGGUAAACGAGUUGCGAAGAAACGAGAUGGGGUCGUUUGAGGGACAUGCUUUGCCAGGGAGUCUGUUCAUUGCCUUCGGUUUAUGGUGGCUGGUUCAUGUUAUUCUGGACUAUGCAAAAUAUUUGAAAAGACAGAAUAAUCGGGGUCAAAGCUCAAACAUCGGAUCAUGGAGACGAUUUCCAACCAGACGAUUGAGAAAUGUUCCGUUGGAACCAGGAUUGAAGCUUGCUGGUACCUUCGCAGGAAUCAUCGCUGAGCUCUUUGCGAUUCACUUUCGACUGGUCGACGAAAACAACGAUUUCGUAAAGCCCGAUAAAUUUGCUCACUCUACGAUGUACGCUUUCUUCGGAUUUUCCGGCCUGAUAGAGAUUUUCAAUCACUACAGAAUUACACAUUUCUCAAAAGAAGCAGAGUACAUCAUCCUUGGGUUAGCCUUUGCCGUGGAAGGCACUUUGUUUGCAUUCCACCUACACGGACGUGAUAUAUUUGACGUGCGUAUUCACACGCUAUUAUACAUCAUCAUAUAUUUGGCCGCUCUGGUCGUUCUUCUCGAAGCGUGUUUACCAAGGUUUCGACGCGAGCUCUUCGUGGCCCGAACCGUUCUCGUGCUCACGCAAGGAACGUGGUUUUGGGAGAUUGCUUACACCAUUUACGGCGCGAAUAAAUGGUUUGUAUACGCAGACAAGGAUUUGACGGAAAUGCAACUUAUGCUCGACACUGAAGUGAUGACGAUUUCCAUAAUGUGGCACUUAUUUGGAUGGCUGACCGUUGUUCUGUUUUGUUGCAUUUCAACGAAUUGCUUGCACAAAUACAAAAGGAUUCCUAGUUGUUGUUUCGACAACGGAAAUACGGAGAGAGGUUUGGGUUUGCUGAACGAGAAGCUUUUGAAAGAAAGUGAAAUUGAGUUAUCGGAUGAAGAGGAAAUAUUAAUCAAGCGUAGCCAGGAAGAGACCAUGAACUUGACAUCUGAAUUUCUGAAUAACAAUAGCGUGGAGGAAGACUUAUUUUGAAUAGCUUUGAUGAGAAAAAACGUUAGAGAAAUGUAUUUUUGUAUUACAGCUGAAACUUAGCUUCUACGCGA